CCUCGCUGUGAAGAUGGCGCUCUCCAGGGUGUGCUGGGCUCGGGCUGCUCUGUGGGGUUCGGCGGUCACCCCUGGACCUCAUGUCACCCGGAAGCUGCAACUUGUUCGCUGUGGCCUGGCCUGGGGGGCCCCUCGGUCUUCAAAGCUUCACCUUUCACCAAAGGCAGAUGUGAAGAGCUUGAUCUCUUACGUGGUGGCCAAGACAAAAGUGAUUAAUGGGAAAUACCAUCGUUUCUUGGGUCGUCAUUUCCCCCGCUUCUAUGUCCUGUACACAGUCUUCCUGAAAGGAUUGCAGAUGAUAUGGGCUGAUGCCAAAAAGGCUAGAAGAAUAAAGACAAAUAUGUGGAAGCACAAUAUAAAGUUUCAUCAACUUCCAUACCGGGAGAUGGAGCAUUUGAGACAGUUCCGUCGAGACGUCACCAAGUGUCUUUUCCUAGGUAUUAUUUCCAUUCCACCCUUUGCCAACUACCUGGUCUUCCUGCUAAUGUACCUGUUUCCUAGGCAGCUACUGAUCCAACAUUUCUGGACCCCAAAGCAACAAAUUGAUUUCUUAGAUAUCUAUCAUGCUCUCCGGAAGCAGUCCCACCCAGAAAUCCUUUGUUAUUUAGAAAAGGUUAUCCCUCUCGUUUCUGAUGCAGGACUCCGGUGGCAUAUGACAGAGCUGUGCACCAAGAUACAGCGUGGUACCCACCCAGCAACACAUGAUAUCCUGGCUCUGAGAGAGUGUUUCUCUAACCAUCCUCUGGGCAUGAAGCAACUCCAUGCUUUGCAGAUGAAAGCCUUGAGCCGAGCCAUGCUUCUCACGCCUUACCUGCCUUCUUUCUUGUUGAGACACCGUUUAAGGACUCAUACCACUGUAAUUCACCAACUGGACAAAGCUUUGGCAAAGCUGGGGAUUGGCCAGCUGUCUCCUCAGGAGGUGAAAUCGGCUUGUUACCUUCGUGGCCUGAAUUCUACCCAUAUUGCUGAAGAGAGGUGUCGAACUUGGCUAGGAGAGUGGCUACAGAUUUCCUGCAGCCUGAAAGAAGCUGAGCUGUCCCUCUUGCUACACAACGUGGUCCUGCUUUCCGUCAACUACACCGGGACAAGGCGCUGAGUGAACGCGGGGCGGAUGGCAUUGUCCUGCAGCCACAGAGUGCGGCAG